ACCCUAUCAAAAUCAUCAUUAUCAUCAACUCUUAAUUCUUAUCCGCCCGCUGCGCCAGAGCUGGGCGGUCCUCAAUGGCCGCCGCGACCUCCGCCAUAUGCCCGCCGCUCCCCUUCUCUCACCCGGUCCACCCCCGGUUGUUUUCGGCUCACCCCCUGAACCGGGUUCUCGUGGGAGUUCCCCGAACCGGCGUCCGUUUGAGCUCCAGGGCACGGCCGCCGAUGGUGCUGGCCGCCGUCGCUGCCACUCCUCCCCCACCGCAGACGACGUCGUCGACGGGCGUCGUUCUCGUGGACCGGUCGGAGGCCGAGAAGGUGAACCGGCUCAAGUCCGCGUAUCUCGAGAAGGUCGUCCCCCGCCUCAAAGAGGAGUUCAACUACAAGAACGUCCACGAGGUUCCGAAGAUAGAGAAGAUAGUUGUGAAUUGUGGGAUGGGAGAUGCCGAGCAGAACUCGAAGGGUUUGGAGGCAACGAUGAAGGGUUUGGCGAUGAUAACGGGGCAGAGACCGGUGAGGACGAAGGCGAAGAAUUCCAUUGCUUCUUUCAAGCUCCGAGAGGGUGCCACUGUUGGUAUUGCGGUCACCCUUCGUGGUAAUGUAAUGUAUUUCUUUCUGGAUCGGCUCAUAAACCUGGGUCUCCCUAGGACCAGGGAUUUCCAAGGUGCCAACCCUAACAGUUUUGAUGGGCAUGGGAAUUUUAGCAUCGGGUUGCGUGAUCAGAGCGUGUUUCCUGAGAUCAGGUAUGAAGCCCUUGGUAAGCAGAGGGGAAUGGACGUCUGCAUAUCAACCACAGCAAAAACAGAUAAUGAGGCCCAGAGAUUGCUUGCUCUCCUAGGCAUGCCAUUUAAAGAGGGUGGCGGCCCGGCAGUGAUAAUUCGCAAGAAGAAGAGAAAGGCUCACCACUUUGAUUCCAAAUCUGGACGAAGAAGGUAAUGAGCAAAAGGGCACUCCAGUGGCUCCUUUUGCGCGUUUUCUCAGGACGGGAGCUGUUUUGUUUGCUUCUUGGAUGGUUAAAACAGUGAAUUUGUGCUGUAAAAUCUGUGGAAUUUGGGGUAAUCUUACAUGAGUUUCAUGCAGAUAUUAAAUUUUCAUGCAGAACCUGCUUAUGUGCUUCUAUUGUAGGUUUGUCAUCAGAAUGGGGAGUUAAUCCAUCAGCCCUAUGCAUAUUUUGCAUCUUAGGAGAACCAGAAAUUCAAAAAUCAAUCUGAUGUUUUCUCCACCGAAAAAAUUGUGAGAUUACCAUAAAGUCAGUAUUUAUAUGC